AUGUGGGAACUGCGCUCAGCCUCCUUCUGGAGGGCCAUAUUUGCUGAGUUCUUUGCCACCCUCUUCUAUGUCUUUUUUGGACUGGGGGCCUCACUGCGUUGGACCCCUGGACCCCUGCAUGUCCUGCAGGUGGCUCUGGCCUUUGGCCUGGCUCUGGCUACGCUGGUGCAGGCCGUGGGCCACAUCAGUGGAGCCCAUGUCAAUCCUGCAGUCACUUUCGCCUUCCUUGUGGGUUCCCAGAUGUCUCUGCUCCGUGCCUUGUGCUAUAUGGCAGCCCAACUCCUGGGAGCCGUGGCUGGGGCCGCCGUGCUGUAUAGUGUCACCCCUCCUGCCGUCCGAGGAAACCUAGCACUUAAUACGCUGCACCCUGGGGUGAGUGUGGGCCAGGCCACCACGGUGGAGAUCUUCCUGACGCUCCAGUUUGUGCUCUGCAUCUUUGCCACAUACGACGAGAGGCGGAAUGGCCGCCUGGGAUCUGUAGCCCUGGCUGUUGGCUUCUCCCUCACCCUGGGGCACCUCUUCGGGAUGUAUUACACUGGUGCAGGCAUGAACCCUGCCCGCUCCUUUGCUCCUGCCAUUCUCACCAGAAACUUCACAAACCACUGGGUAUACUGGGUGGGCCCAAUCAUUGGAGGAGGACUAGGCAGUCUCCUCUACGACUUUCUCCUUUUCCCCCGGCUCAAGAGUGUUUCUGAGAGACUCUCUAUUCUCAAGGGUGCCAGGCCCAGUGACUCCAAUGGACAACCAGAGGGCACUGGGGAACCUGUUGAACUGAAGACCCAGGCCCUGUGAAAGCUCCAGUUGGCUAGAGGGAGUAGGAAGCUUCUGGGUUUACUUGGAGGGGCUGAGACAGCCCCUGGAUGAAGAAAGAGACUGGGCGAGGGACAUGUACUUCUUUAUUUUUUAAUUUAUGUGUGUGUUGGUUUUUUUUUUUUUUCUUUUUGCCGUGUGAAAUCUUUCAAGUUGCAUUCAUGAGCUGGUUUGUGCAAACUUCCCUUUCUCCCCAUCCCACCUCUCUUCGCCACUGUGUGUGCAUGAUUGUGCGUAUGAAUGGUAUGAAUGUGAG